CUCUCCAGCGGAUCGAUUAGCUAAUCUAGCAUGGACACAAAGGCGUGCAUCUCGCUUGUAAUCCUCGCGCUCCUGCUCGCCGGCCCGGACACGAGAGCUGCGGCGCUCGCCCGCAUCGACGCGGCGGCGGCAGUGAUGCCAACGUCGUCGGCGACGUGGAUGAAGCUUGAGGACGGCGUGGCGCCGGAGCUCUUGGGUUCGACGGCGGUGGACCUGGAGGGGCACCGCCGCGUCCUUGCCAGCACAAGCAUCACUGCGAGUUCCCUGAACCCCAACAAGGCAGCCUGCACCAGGACGUGCCCGGCGCGAGGACGGCCGUACACCGGCCGGGCAUGCCUCAGAAGGUACCAGUGCCGUCAGGGACAGUGAUCGGAACAGCACUCCUGCUGUCGCUCCAACCUCCUUCCUGCGUCUGUCCAUGGGUGCACUCCCGCUCGAUCGGUGUUUUGCUGUAUAUUUCCAUUUCCGUUUUGCCCGUGUCUCGUCUGCGAUCGACAUGUAUUAUGAAAUAUAACUUUGCACGCUG